AUAAUAUUUAUGAGCUAUUUGGCAAAGAAUUGGCUGAUGCUGAGGAUGAAUUAAAUACUACAGAUUUUGAAAAUUUUUGUAAAUUAUUACAUAAUGGUGUAGAAAAUGCAUUAAACGGUUUUAUUAAGUGGAUGGAAACUUGGGCUCACUUACCAUUAUGUAUCUGUCGAUUAGGUGGAGAAAAUAGCUCUUCAAGAGAACAAUCUAUAACAGAGAGUUCAUAUAUUGAAAGUUUAAAAUUAGACUUAUCUAAUGGACGUACAACAACAUUUGGAUUGUUAGAAGAGCUAAACCAUCCAGACUUCUUCGAAGAAUUUAAGGCUUUUGCAAAUUCUGACAUAAUGGAGCCAGAAAAAUUUCCUCUUGUAUAUGAAUUUCUUAAAUUUCGUAUUUGGAAUAUUGUAAUACAUCAACAACAUGGAUUAGAUGGUGGGAUUCAAGAAAUUUCUCGGAGUGAUUUGCAAAAUAUUCGCCAAAACACUAAAAAUUCAGUAUCAAAUAAGCUAUUGGAAAAUCAUAUUGAAACUUCCAAAAAAGAAAAGGCAUAUGAACUAACUAGAGAAAUAAAAGCUGUAGUUUUUUCUGACAAUUAA